CCUAGAAAAUGGAAGCAGUGCUAGCGAUGAUGGCACUAACAGUUCUCUUUGGUGGAUUUGUGUUGUAUCUUUAUAACAAUAUGGUUCUGGAGCCAGGAAGAAUGAGGUCAAAGCUUCAGAAGCAAGGUGUUCGAGGCCCUUCGCCUUCUAUCCCACUUGGGAGUAUCCCUGAAAUGAAGAAGAUUCAACUCCAGGUUCGGUCAAGGACUAAUACUCCAAACGACCGCCUUUACGAUGUCGUUUCAAUUGGUCACGAUUGGCCUUCCACCGUCCUCUCUCAUCUCAUUCAAUGGAGAAAUGAAUAUGGUCCAGUUUUUAUGUAUGAAUUAGGAAACAUGCAAUUCCUUUGCAUAACAGAUGCAGAGAUGGUGAAGGAAGUGAGCGUCUACACAUCCUUGAACUUAGGGAAGCCUUCUUAUCUGUCCAAGGAACAUGGGUCACUGUUGGGCCAGGGUAUUAUUUCUUCCAGUGGACCCAUUUGGGCCCAUCAGAAGAAGAUCAUUGCCCCUGAAUUCUACCUUGAUAAGGUCAAGGGCAUGGUGAGCCUAAUGGUGGACUCUACAAACUUCAUGCUAAGAACAUGGGGGAGUAGAAUCAAAAGUGAGGGAGGAGUCGCAGAUAUCAAAGUCGAUGAGGAUUUGAGGAGCCUGUCUGCAGAUAUAAUCUCAAGAGCCUGUUUUGGAAGCAGUUAUUCACAAGGGGAACACAUUUUCUCAAAGCUCAGAACUCUACAGAAGAUGAUGUCCAAGAGAAUUCUUGGGAUUCCAUUCUUAAGAUUCAUCCCGACCAAAAACAACAUCGACAUAUUGAGAUUAGAGAAAGAGAUCCACACAAUGAUUUUGAAAGUGGUGAAGCAACGCACUGAGGAGGCUGCUGAAGAGAAGGACCUUUUACAAAUGAUACUCCAAGGCGCCACAGCGUCUGGUGGCAUAGAUAACCCACCUUUGGGCAUCACUCGGGACAAAUUCAUUGUAGAUAACUGCAAGAAUAUAUACUUUGCUGGCCAUGAGACCACUGCUAUUACCGCAUCGUGGAGCCUCAUGUUGUUGGCUGCAUAUCCAGUCUGGCAAACUCGAGUUCGUGCAGAAGUGCAAGAAAUUUGCAACGGUGGAAGCAUUCCACAUGCUGAUAUGCUUCGAAGCAUGAAAGUACUUACUAUGGUGAUUCAAGAGACAUUACGCCUUUAUCCACCGGGAGUGUUUGUCUCUAGGAAAGCCUUGCAGGAUAUUCAACUCAAAGAAAUUCUAAUUCCGAAAGAAAUGCACAUUCAAAUUCCAAUAUCAAUAUUGCAUCAAGAUACUGACCUUUGGGGGCCUGAUGCACACCAGUUCAAUCCAGAAAGAUUUGAGCAUGGGAUUCUUGGAGCUUGCAAACUUCCUCAAGCAUUCAUUCCCUUCGGAGUAGGGACUCGCAUUUGUGUUGGCCAGCACUUGGCCAUGAUAGAGCUAAAAGUGAUUUUAUCACUUAUUCUGUCUAAGUUAUGCUUCUCUAUGUCGCCAGCAUAUCGACAUUCCCCAGCUUUCAAGUUGGUCAUAGAACCUGAACAUGGGAUUAAUCUCCGUGUAGAAAGAAUUUGACUCUAUAGUACAUGAAAGCUUCUUUUGUAGAAGCUCAGUUGGAAUAUGCAUGGUUCCCCAGUGAAUUUUGAAGAUAAAUGUAUGCAACUACUUCUAACAUGUCCUUGUUGCAAGUUAGAAAUUCUGCUAAUAGGUGGGAAUGCUAAUAAAGGCUAAUAAAGGCUCAGAGGGAGAGAGGGUAUCUUAGGUGGGAAUGCUAAUCCAAAUUUAUAUUUUGACAUCUAAAAUAUUACAUGUCCCUGAAAGUGUUAUGUUUUCUUCCUUAAGUAAAAGGCUAAUGAAUGAAAAAGAGGAAUUAUAUGUAUAACAAAUUGCCUGCUUGCUAAAAUGUUUCAGUGAUGCAGAGAUUACUGAUUGCGUCCAUCUUACGCCCUAAAAAAUGGCUGU